AUGAGACGUAGGUCUCAUGUCCGGCAAACACGACCACCCGAUGAUCGGUAUACAUCCGACGACCACCAAAAGAAAUUAAUUUCUGAUGUUCAACCAUUGGCGACUGGUUGCCGGAAUAUGAGAGGGAGACGAGAUGGUGAUGAUGCAGCUAUUUGCUUCUUUGCAUGGAGAAAUUCGGUUAAACCAUUAUUUUACAAAGCUCCUAUAGAUAAUUUUAGGGUUGAGAAGGUUGCAUCCCCAACUCUUUCUUAUGCUAAUGUGGUUAGAUGCUCUUCCAACGUUAAAUGUGAUAAACCACAUAUGGAUGAGGUCCUUGUUCUUCAAUCCGAUGACUAUAUUGUUGAGAAGAGAAAAAGAGCUUGCCUCGUAAAAGUUAGAGACUUUAUUACUUUACCAAAUAUUCGUUUGCUUUGUUAUGGUAAAGGUUUUGUUGAUUUUGAUGUUCGGUAUGUUGGUGGAUUGUGGGUUAUGUUGGAAUUCAAAGGUGUUCCACUAUGUGCUUGGAGCAAAGAUGCUUUUCGAAAGAUCUUAGCUAAAUGGGGAAUAUUUGCACAUCUUGAAGAUGACCUUGGUGAAGAUGUUUAUAAGAAUCGGGUUUUCAUUUUGACAAAUUUCCAAGGGAUUAUUUCAGAAGAUGUCAAGAUUAAAGUUGAUGAUAAUGUUUAUACGAUCCAGAAGUAUUGGGAAAUGGUACGCAAUCUGGGAUUCGUGAGGAAGGUGUUGACACAAGCACCCCCACCCAAAACAACCUAUGCAACCGAUCAUUUCAUAGCAGCUUCCCCAGUUGUCCGUCCCACUGAGCAUCUUCAUUCUUCGGCUGUUUGUUGUCCCAAUACUCCAGCAGCUCCUAUUACGCCACCUAUUGUCGUUAUUGCUGCUGUUGACGAGGCUGAAGCAGCCUCGGGUUUCUCCAAAGAUGCUCAUUCGGUGGGUUUUUGUGGGGGGUUAUGGUAG